GGAAAGAUAUUUUUAUAAGAAUAUAAAUUAAAAAUAAUGGUCUUUAAUGUAUUUAAUACGUUGAUUUCUAUAAUAUUAUAAGAAUACCACGUGUAUCAAAUUAAUAUGAACGAAAUUUUGAUUCUAUCUUACACAUUUUAUUCAAAAUGGAAAACUAAAUUAGUAUAAAUUUGAGGGAUUUAAAUCUAAAAUAUCAGGGAAUUAUGUGAUGAUAUACCUAGGUAAUCGACCGCACUUAAGAUAUGGAUUGUAAGGCUUAGAUCUAAAAAUUAGUAAAAGAAUGAUAGGUGAUCUGACUUAUAAAGAGCAUUUUAAAUGAUUUUCUUUCAUGGAAGGCUGAAAAUAACUCCACUAACAUGUUUUAAAACACCCAUAAAUCUGGAAAGCAGUGAAUAGGAUAUCAUACACUGUAAUUCAGGCCAUUAUGUAAACAUAUGUUAUAAAACAGCAAAUUUGGAAUAGUAAUGUCAAAUCUAAAAUGUAUUUGACCUGAGUCUACACAAAUAUUCGCCAAUUGUUUGCACCGUCCUGCAAUAUUGAACUCGACUACGAAUCACAAAAUAUCGCAUGCCUAAAAGAUGGACGCGAAGCAUGUCGAAAAUUUGAGGUUAUUAUUUUAUUAACCAUUAUAUGGAUUAAAAUGGAUUCUGUUAUUUAUUCAUGAGAUUUUUUUACUAAAUAUUUUAGUAGAGAUAUUCUUGACGAAAAAUCGUAGAAUCAUUUGAAAUGAUUGUGUUACACCCUUUGUGUAUAAACUUAAAAUUUUAAAUUUAUCGAUGCAGUUAAUUUAUAAAUAUUUAAAUACCAGUAAAGUAUUUUUCUUAUAAGGCAUCGCUGUACCAUAAUUCGUUGAAUUGUUCCAAAAAAUUUUAAAUUUGUAAUAUAAUGCAACAAGGAGCGAUAUUGGAUGCGACGAAGGCACAUUUGAGGGAUAGCAAAUACAAUGAAGGGUCGAAAUCGGACCAGGAUGAGAAGCUGUCACCAAAGGUGGUAAACAAUGAGGGUGAUUCUAGGAACUUGGAGAGGGUGUCAAUUGACGCUCUCCGAACCCCUGAACACAAAAAAAUCAGGAAGUUAUCAGCGGGGAGUAAGCUAUCAAGCUACUACUAUAUAGGAGCAGAGCUCCGUAUUUGUGCAGAUUCCAAUAAAAAAUCGUCUUCACGGCCAUUGCUUCGUGAUAUAAUUGAUCGCAAGACUGGAGAGCCUAAGAUUCUUAAGAUUAUUUCUAAAUCCCGAAUCCCUCCCGGGGUGGAUAGUCUUAACAACUGGCGCGCUCUGUGCGAGAAGUUGUUAAAUAUGCCUCCAAUGCCCAAUUUAAUGAGAAUUGACCAGAUUUGGGAGUCCGAAACCAGUUUCUACAUUGUUACUGAGAAAUUCAUUGGAGGUGAGCUGUUUGAGUACUUGCUUAAGGAGAAGGCUAUCCCUGAGGACAUUUGUAAGUAUAUUUUCAGGCAGAUUCUGCUUGCUGCGGAGGCUUUACACUCGAUGAACUUGCUUCACAGGGACAUUAAGCCUGAGAACAUCAUGUUUAGGAACCCAACGAGGUCAGUUUUACCCGUUGCUGAGAGGUACGAGUUGGCCUUAAUUGACUUUGAUACCUGCAAAAUGACAGACUGCCCUACUGCUGAUAAGACUGAGGUUGUCAAUGGGAAGAGAAGGUUAGUUGGUACCUAUGGUUAUUUAGCUCCUGAAAUUCUAAGGGGCGAUGAGUAUUCCACUGCUUCUGACAUGUGGUCUAUUGGGAUUGUUUUGUACAUUCUGAUGACCGGUAUUCCUCCGAUAUCAAUGGACAAGAUGUACGAUGCUAAAGCCAGCCACGCAGUUUUGGCAGCAGCUGAGGCCAACGGUAUAGACUUUAACACUCCUCCUUUAGGUGAGUUUCCUCUAGCACGUGACCUCUGCAAGCGUUUGCUAAGCUUUGAUAAGCGGAAGAGGAUUUCUUCUGCUUCAGAUGCUCUUGCUCAUCCUUGGUUGGCUGGUCUUCCUACUGUUUUUGACCAUUCUCUUAAGCUCAGGAACAACAGUAACGACAGUUCCAACAGUAACAACCGCAAGUUCCCCAAGAAUCCAAACGGCGGUAGCGGCAAUGAUGGAAACAGCUACGGUAACAACGGUGGGUCGGGAUCUGGAGAACGUAGUUUCUGGAAUCCUGUAAAUCCAAAUUACAGGAACAACGGGGGUGUCAAUCGCCAGGAUUGCAUUACUACUGACUUCGCUGUUGACUUAAGUGAGUUAGAGGAUAAAAAUCAAGUAGAUGUGGAGGUCUGUAAGCGUGAAAGGGACCAUAUUCCUUCCCCUAAUGAGAAGACUGUUUCAAGGACAGACCAAGCAUUUUUGCAGUGCCUCACCACCAACGCUGAAUCAAUAGAUGGUGUUUAUAGGAAAAAUCAAAAGAGGAGGCAACACGUAGACGUUCAAUCGUAUUAAAA